AGCACCAGGCCGGUCCUCUUGCUGUCAUCCUCCGCCAGGUUUAGCUGCUGACAGCUGCUUGGGACUCUGCCGCCAGGCCCCAGUUGGCUUUGCAACCCUUCUACUUCUCAGCCACACUUCCCCCAUGGCUCAGAAAGAAGAGGCCGCUGAGGCCGCAGCGCCCGCCUCCCAGAAUGGAGACCAUUUGGAGAACCUAGAAGACCCUGAGAAGCUGAAGGAGCUCAUUGACCUGCCACCCUUCGAGAUCGUCACAGGGGAGCGACUGCCUGUCAACUACUUUAAAUUUCAGUUCCGGAACGUGGAAUACAGUUCCGGUCGGAACAAGACCUUCCUCUGCUAUGUGGUUGAAGCCCAGAACAAGGGAGGCCAAGUGCAGGCCUCUCGGGGCUACCUGGAGGAUGAACAUGCAGGUGCCCAUGCCGAGGAGGCUUUCUUUAACACCAUCCUACCAGCCUUCGACCCGGCCCUGAAGUACAAUGUCACCUGGUAUGUGUCCUCCAGCCCCUGUGCAGCCUGUGCUGACCGAAUUCUCAAAACACUCAGCAAGGCCAAGAACCUGCGCCUGCUCAUCUUGGUGGGCCGGCUCUUCAUGUGGGAGGAGCCAGAGGUCCAGGCCGCUCUAAAAAAGUUGAAGGAGGCAGGCUGCAAACUGCGCAUCAUGAAGCCCCAGGACUUCGAGUACGUCUGGCAGAAUUUUGUGGAGCAGGAAGAGGGUGAAUCCAAGGCCUUUCAGCCCUGGGAGGACAUUCAGGAGAACUUCCUAUAUUAUGAGGAGAAGCUGGCAGACAUCCUGAAGUAGGCAGCCAAGCUCAGCCCUCUGUCUGUCCGCUGCCACCCAGAGAAGCAGUGACAUGGACGGCAUCCAGGACAUGCCUGUCUUCCCAAUUAUACUUGGAGCUGGACAUUUGACACCAAGCAGUUGUGCUGGAGAAGGCCCUCCCUCCGUGAACUGGAAGCACACCUCAGGCUGUCAUUCACUCAGCUGUGCCUUUUGUAAAGUGGCACCAGGCACCUGGAGUGGAGGGUCUCACUGCCUCCCCAGGGGUGUUUUCUGAGACAAAGAUCCUCAGGUUAUAGGACAGACCUUUGCAAGACUUCGAGAAGUGUUCUGAUUUGGGCUGGGUUGUUGUUGGUUUUUUAAAAGGCAAAUUAGUAUCAUUAAUAAAGGAAAUAGUGUGUUU